CACAUCAUCCAGAGCUCGCGAGGGAAGCGCGAAACCUGUCCGCACAGCGCGCGAGGAGGAGAGAGCUCAACUAUGAAAGCCGGUCCCGAAAAUACUCUUAUUAUUCCAUGAAAACGGACCUUUUACAGGCAGAACACGUUCAUGGAGGAUAUAUUAUACUUGAAUUUUCUUCUCUGUGCACGCGCAAGGUGUCUGUGGAGAAGAAAUAUCGGGAUUUGAGUCAGGGGCUGCUGAACUGAGGAGGAUUUUAUCCUGUUUCACUUCUGAGGAGAAAAUAGUCUCAGCUGAUGCCAACGACCAGAGAAAAUAUAGAAACGACACUAACCGAUGAGGCGCUGAAGAGUCUCACUAAAUGGUAGCGUGAGUGUGUAGUGAUCCAGCAGGAGUUUAGGAACCCCUGCGGUGAGUGCCAUCCACGAAUCAUGGUGCCACAUACCCGACAGGCCUCUCCUCGUGGCAGAGCCUUGUCCCUCCUGCUGCUGCUCUUCCUGGCGGUGCCAAUCCAUGCAGACAGCAUGCCGAGUUUCAUUAAGAUUCCUGAUGAUCAGACAGGGAUUUCAGGAGGGGUGGCGUCCUUCGUGUGCCAAGCGGUCGGGGAGCCUAAACCACGAAUCACCUGGAUGAAGAAGGGCAAGAAAGUCAGCUCACAGCGCUUUGAGGUAAUAGAGUUUGAUGAUGGCUCAGGCUCUGUGCUGCGGAUCCAGCCAUUACGGACACAUCGCGAUGAGGCUAUUUAUGAGUGCACAGCUGCCAACAGCGUUGGAGAAAUUAACACUAGUGCUAAACUCACUGUAUUAGAAGAGGACCAGAUCCCUCACGGCUUCCCCACCAUAGACAUGGGCCCGCAGCUGAAGGUGGUGGAGCGAACGCGCACUGCUACCAUGCUCUGUGCCGCCAGCGGGAACCCUGACCCGGAGAUCACCUGGUUCAAAGACUUCCUGCCUGUCGACAUUAACAGCAGCGAUGGACGAAUCAAACAGCUCCGUUCAGGGGCUCUGCAGAUCGAGAACAGCGAGGAAUCGGACCAGGGCAAGUAUGAUUGUUACAUUGAUUAUUGUGUGGCGGUGAACAGCGCAGGAACACGCUACUCCGCUCCUGCCAACCUCUACGUCAGAGUCCGGCGAGUUCCGCCACGUUUCUCAAUCCCGCCUACCAAUCACGAGGUGAUGCCAGGUGGCAGCGUGAACCUCACCUGCGUGGCGGUGGGCGCUCCCAUGCCCUAUGUGAAGUGGAUGAAGGGGGAACAGGAACUUACCAAAGAGGAGGAGAUGCCUAUUGGCCGAAAUGUGCUGGAGCUCACCAACAUACAACAGUCUGCUAACUACACCUGUGUAGCUAUAUCCUCUCUGGGCAUGAUCGACACCACGGCUCAGAUCACCGUCAAAGUGAUCCAUACAGCUAGCGCUGAUAUCAGUUGUGUACUUAAAGUCGCUGAUUAUCUGGCCAAAGUCUCAGACAAUGGCUUCCAGGAAGUAGACGGAGUGGCGUCAACGCGCUACAGCAUCGGUGGCUUGAGCCCGUACUCUGAGUACGAAUUCCGCGUCAUGGCGGUCAAUAACAUCGGCCGCGGGCCGCCCAGCGGGACGGUGGAGACCCGCACCAGUGAACAGGCGCCCUCGUCUCCUCCCCUGCGCGUUCAGGCCCGGAUGCUGAGCGCCACGACCAUGCUGGUGCAGUGGGAACCUCCAGAGGAGCCCAACGGACAGAUACGAGGAUAUCGAGUGUACUACACGCCCGACAUGCACUUCCCGCUCAGCACAUGGCAGAAACACAACACAGAGGACAGCAGCCUGACCACUAUCUCCGGCCUGGUACCUGACAUCACGUACGGCCUCCGCGUGCUGGCGUUCACCUCUGUGGGAGACGGGCCGCCCUCGGACAUACUGCAGGUUAAAACACAGCAAGGAGUGCCGGCACAGCCCACUGGUUUUGAAGCAGAGGCAGAGCUCGACACCCGGAUCAUGCUGUCAUGGCUGUGGCCCGUUCAGGAUCAGAUCACCAAAUAUGAGCUCACAUACUGGGAGGCUGACUCUGACAACAAGCACCGUAUCAUCUUUAACCCAGCUGGUUCGUAUGCUGUUGAAGGCCUGAAGCCAGACACACUCUACAAGUUUACUCUAGCCGCUCGCUCUGAGAUGGGACUUGGGGUGUACACACAGCCCAUAGAGGCCCGGACGGCCCAGUCCACCCCGUCCGCCCCCCCACAGGAAGUGCACCUGAUCAGUCUCAGCUCCACCAGCAUCAAGGUGAGUUGGGCGGCUCCUCCAGCCGCCAGUCGCCACGGCAACAUCGUCAGGUACUCUCUGGCCUAUCAGGCGGUGUCAGGCGAGGACCAGCAACGUCACGAGGUCAAGGACAUCCCCGCGGAUGUGUCCAGCUACGUGCUGGAGGGGCUGGAGAAGUGGACGGAGUACGUGGUGAGGGUCAAAGCGCACACAGACGUGGGACCCGGCCCGGAGAGCAGCAGCACCCGCGUCAGAACCAAAGAGGACGUGCCUGGCGCCCCUCCACGCAGGGUUGAGGUGGACAACGUGAACUCCACGGCCCUGCGGGUGUCCUGGAAGCCUCCUCUGCAGCAGAAACAGCACGGACAGAUCCGCGGCUAUCAGGUGGUUUACUCACGGCUGGAGAACGGAGAGCCGCGCGGACAGCCCAUCAUUCUCUCUCUCUCUCUCUCUCUCUCUCAGGAGGCCAUCAUCACAGGCCUGCUGCCUGAAACCACAUAUUCAGUGACUGUGGCGGCGUACACCACUAAGGGAGAUGGAGCACGCAGCAAAGCCAAAGUGGUGACCACAACAGGGGCCGUUCCUGGCAAGCCCACCAUGAUCAUUAGCACCACCAUUGGGAACACAGCUCUGAUCCAGUGGCAGCCCCCUAAAGAGAUGGUGGGCGAACUGAUGGGCUACAGACUGCGCUACAAGCGUGAAGAGGAGGAGACCUACACCACCCAUGACUUGAGACGCACCGACGACCACUUCACUGUCACCGGCCUGCACAAGGGCGCCACCUACAUCUUCAAGCUCUGCGCCAAGAACCGCGCGGGAAACGGAGAGGAGUACAGCAAAGAGAUCAGCACCCCGGAAGACGUGCCCAGCAGUUACCCUCAAAACCUCAGAGUGGUGGGCCUGACGACCACCACCACCAAACUGGCCUGGGACCCUCCGCCUCUGCCCGAGAGGAACGGGAAGAUCAUACGCUAUGUGGUGGUGUACCGUGACAUCAACAGCCAUCAGAACCAGACCAACGGUACCGCCGAGACGCAGAUGACCAUCCAGGGUCUGCAGCCAGACACCACCUAUGACAUCAGAGUGAGGGCGUUCACGGGUAAAGGAGGGGGUCCCAUCAGCCCCAGCAUCCAGAGCAGAACCAUGUCUACAUCCAUGCCUGAGUUCACUAAAAACUUUGGUGUGAAAGCUGUGAUGAAGACCUCUGUCCUGCUCACGUGGGAGGUGCCAGAAACAUACAUGUCCCAAGUGCCUUUCAAGAUCCUGUAUAACCAGCAGAGCGUCGAGGUGCAGGGCGACCUGAAGAGGAAGCUGAUCACGCGCUUGCAGCCGGACACAGAUUACUCCUUUGUGCUGAUGAGCCGAGGGAACAGCGCCGGCGGACUGCAGCAGCAGGUCUCCAUCCGCACCGCCCCGGACCUGUUCACCACCAAACCGGCCCUUUACAAACAAGAUUCAGAGGAGGGCGGCAAACUCACCAUCACACUGCCCAAGGUGCACAACAGCGCCCUCGUCAGUUGGUUUUAUAUAGUGGUGGUGCCAGUAACUACAUCCACUCUACGCCGUUGGGAAAACCCAGAGGAUAUGGAUCUGGAUGAGCUAUUGGGCAGUAAUGGAGACUCAGGUGUAAGAAAGAGGAGGAGGAGACAAACUCAGGACUUCCUGCGGCCUUACAUCGCUGCCAAGCUGGAGAAUCUUCCAGAAACCUUUGUGUUAGGAGACGAGAAAACCUACAGCGGCUUCCAUAACAAACCUCUGCCUGGACAGCAGCAGUAUCGCACGUUUAUAUUGGCAGCACUGAAGGACCGGGACUCGAUGUUCACGGUGAGCCCUUACUCUGAUCCCAUGAUGGUGAAGCUCCACAGCGGGAUGUCCCGUCACGUUGAGGACCCAGAGAUGCUGUGGGUGAUGGGACCAGUGCUGGCCGUCGUCCUUAUCAUCAUCAUCGUCAUCACCAUCCUGCUCUUCAAGAGGAAGCGCUCCUCGCCCUCGGCUAAAGAUGAGCACUCGGCUGGAGUUAAAGAUCACUUACUGGCCCACUCCUCUGACCCCGUAGAAAUGAGGAGGCUCAACUAUCAAACGCAAGGAAUGCGGGAACACCCUCCAGUUUCUGUCUGUGCUUUGGCUGACCACAUCGAGCGGCUGAAAGCCAACGACGGCCUACGCUUCUCACAGGAAUAUGAGUCUAUUGACCCCAGCCAGCAGUUCACCUGGGAAAACUCCAACCUGGAGGUCAACAAGCCCAAGAACCGCUAUGCAAACGUCAUCGCUUACGAUCACUCCAGAGUCGUGCUGACCCCCAUUGAUGGUGUACCGGGGAGCGACUACAUCAAUGGAAACUACAUUGACGGCUACCGCAAGCAGAACGCCUACAUCGCCACUCAGGGUCCUCUGCCCGAGACGUUCAGUGACUUCUGGAGGAUGGUGUGGGAGCAGAGGACCAGCACUAUCGUCAUGAUGACCAGACUGGAGGAGAAGAGCAGGGUGAAGUGUGAUCAGUACUGGCCGAGCCGUGGAACAGAGACAUACGGCAUGAUUCAAGUGUCCAUGCUGGAUACAGUGGAGUUAGCCACCUACAGCGUCAGGACCUUCGCUCUCUAUAAGAAUGGGUCAAGUGAGAAACGGGAAGUUCGGCAGUUCCAGUUCAUGGCCUGGCCGGAUCACGGCGUUCCCGAAUACCCCACGCCAAUUUUAGCCUUUCUACGCAGGGUCAAGGCCUGCAACCCACCUGACGCCGGACCCAUGGUGGUGCACUGCAGCGCUGGCGUGGGUCGGACAGGCUGUUUUAUCAUAAUAGAGGCCAUGCUGGAGCGGAUGAAGCACGAGAAGUCGGUGGAUAUCUACGGUCACGUGACCUGCAUGCGCGCUCAGAGGAACUACAUGGUGCAGACGGAAGAUCAGUAUAUCUUCAUCCACGAGGCCCUGCUGGAGGCCGCCACCUGCGGGAACACAGAGGUCCCGGCGCGGAGCCUGUACACACACAUCCAGAAACUCACGCAGGUGUCACCAGGAGACACUGUCACCGCCAUGGAACUGGAGUUUAAGAAACUGGCCAACUCUAAAGCACACACCUCUAGAUUCAUCAGCGCUAGUCUGCCGUGCAACAAAUUCAAGAACCGACUGGUCAACAUCAUGCCCUUCGAGUCCAGCCGUGUGUGUCUGCAGCCAAUCAGAGGGGUGGAGGGGUCCGACUACAUUAACUCCAGCUUCAUCGACGGAUACAGGCAGCAGAAGGCGUAUAUCGCCACACAAGGUUCUCUCUCUGAAACCACAGAGGACUUCUGGAGGAUGCUUUGGGAGCACAACUCCACCAUCGUGGUGAUGCUGACGAAGCUCAGAGAGAUGGGACGGGAGAAGUGUCAUCAGUACUGGCCUGCAGAGAGAUCCGCACGCUACCAGUACUUCGUCGUGGACCCCAUGGCUGAAUACAACAUGCCGCAGUACAUCCUACGGGAGUUUAAAGUCACAGACGCCAGGGAUGGCCAGUCUAGGACGAUCCGUCAGUUUCAGUUCACCGAUUGGCCAGAACAAGGCGUGCCAAAGACAGGAGAGGGCUUUAUUGAUUUCAUUGGCCAAGUCCACAAAACCAAGGAGCAGUUUGGUCAGGACGGACCAAUUACUGUUCACUGCAGUGCUGGUGUGGGCAGAACAGGGGUCUUCAUCACUUUAAGUAUUGUUCUGGAGCGGAUGAGGUAUGAAGGGGUGGUGGACAUGUUCCAGACCAUAAAAACGCUCCGCACGCAGAGACCUGCCAUGGUACAGACCGAGGACCAGUACCAGCUGUGCUACAGAGCAGCUCUGGAGUACCUUGGCAGCUUCGAUCACUAUGCAACAUAACCACUCCCAGAAUGCCUCAGAACGGAGAGCCGCCACUUGUUUCUGAGCCAUAAUCAUCCUACCUAUUCAGUCACCACUGCUGGAGAGAGAGAGAGAGAGAGAGAGAGCAAAUCAGAAGAGAGGAGAGAUCACUGGAACUUCAGCGCAACCCUGUUCCUCUUCUGAAAACAGCAACAAACGCUUCCUUCUGGUCUCUAAUGCUCAGCUCCUGUCUCUGUAUUACCUUACUGCUUUAUGAUUACGAUCGUUUCAUUUUCAUAUCGAUCAACAUCAUCCACCAUUGUUUUUAUUAUCAUUAUUAUUAUUGUAUCAUCAUUACGAUUGGUAUAUCUGUCAGAAAAUACAAUAUUUGUAUCAUUUAUGCUGAUCAUUGCAUAUCUGAGGGGUUCUUUUUAUUCUUAUUUUUUUCUUAUAUUAUUAUUAUUCCUUUAUAAUUUUUUCGUAUGUAUGUUCAGUUAUUUUUAGCACAUGUGGACAUGUAUUUUCACAUGACCCAGGUUACUAAUACUAUAAGAGGUGUACUCAGAGCUGCUGAUGAUUUCUUACUUUUUAUCAUUAUUAUAUUUUAAUGAUCUACUUUUAUUUGGUGGGAAAAGGGGAACUUUUAUAAAAUAUACAAUUAAAACAACCUUUUCACCUCCUGAUACUUUAUAAAACAGUAUAAUCAAGUAUAAAAGAGAUGAAACGCUUACACCCGAGUUAGUGAGCUUAAUGAACCUGCCGUCGUUAAGGACACUGAAUAAACCAAUGAAACGAGAGAACGCGUUCAGAGCCGUUCUGCUCUGAAUAGCAGUGAGCAGACGCUUUCUGGAAACCCUCCAUUCUUGAGUGAAAGAAAGACAAGAGAAAUGGUGUUCCUGCUGCCACAGCAAAGUCUUUAUCCCAUGCCGGGUCAGCUGGGGUCAAAGAUCAGGCCUCGACCCGACAGACCUGCACACACACACACAUGUACAGCCAUCACGUACCUCCAGUAGAACCACGGCCAUCCGUCAUUCGCUCAGACCAGCAGCUGAAGUGGGGAAAGUCUGCGGCAGAAAACAGACGGCUGAGGCUGGGACUCUCCACGUGUGGUAUUAUUAACGGCCAUCCGAUCAUUUCUCACUGUGGCUCGUAAAGACAAAUCUCCCGUAACGUCGCGACAGCAUCAUCAGACUGAAAAUAUGUGCAUACUCAAGUGUUUCUUUCCUCCUAUGGCCUGAGCACAAAGUAAGAUGAAAAAUGCGGACACGGGAAGAAUUCAUUUGACUUUGUGUUCGCAUAGAGACAAAACGGCAUUCAAUCUGUUGUACAGGCGGUCUGUUUUCUAUUUGUUAAUAAAAAGGAGGGAAAUA